AUGACGUCCACCACGACCAGUCUCCCAAUAAUCGACCUCUCGCCCUUCCUCUCCUCAUCCUCAACUCCAGAAUCCCGCCUCAAAACAGCAAAAGAGCUCGUUCAAGCAUGUCAUUCUACGGGAUUCGUCUACAUCACCAACUACGGUAUCUCUCAGGCUCUCCUCGAUGAAGCAUUCUCUUGGAGUAAGAAGUUUUAUUCGCUGUCCGAUGAAGAGAAGAGCUAUGCAGCCCAUCCUCCAGACUCAAAGCUGUUCAGAGGUUGGUCGAAAGUUGGUCAUGAGAUGAUACCUCCACUGGAAGGGGAGAAAAAGGAAGGUGUUAUGGAUUUUACUCUAUGGCAUGGGCACGACUCCAAUGCCGCGCAACCCAAUAUUUGGUUCCCAGAAUCCAUUCUCCCAGGCUAUCGAGAUUUCGUCGCUACCUUUUAUGACCAGUGCUGGAGCACGUCCGUCCCCAUUCUCCGCGCCUUGUCUCUAGGUCUGCUCAACGACGAAGAGUACCUUCUGGAUUUCCAUUCGAACCUAGAAAAUGAGUUGAGCUUUCGUCAUUAUCCAUCGAUAAGUGAGAGUAAAGUAAGAAGUGGAGAAUUAGACAGGCUUGGGGCACAUACCGAUUUUGAUUCUUUCACACUGUUGUGGCAGGACGAGAAUGCGGGGCUAGAAGUUAAGGUUAGUGGGGAAGGGUGGAAGAGCGUGCAGGCAGUGAAAGGAGCGCUGCUCAUGAAUAUCGGGGAUAUUUUGAGUAGGUGGAGUAAUGAUUAUCUGAUUUCAACACUCCACCGCGUUCAUCUUCCUCCAGUCGAUGACAACUACAUGGGCGAUGAGAAUGUGCGGAUGACGAAGCCUAGAUACUCCAUUCCAUAUUUCGUGGUUCCCAAGUCUGAUAAGGUUUUGGAACCUCUAGAGGGCUAUUUUGGUGAGGGAAAGGAUAAGAAGUACGAGCCAACGACUUACUCGGAGCUGUAUCACAAUAGGGUAGAUGGUAUAUUUCGGCAAGAUGCCAAGGCAAGAUGA